AUGUUGGUGCAACAAAACCAAACCCAAGGGAGCACUGGGGUCACCAUUGAAUCGGUCAUUGACUCAAUUUUCGUCCCGGGUACCAAUGCCGUUGGCGAUGCCAAUGCCAAUGCCAAUGUCAAUGAUCCCCUGAUACGAAUCCCCAAAGUUCGAGAAAUGGGGAGGGAUACCGAAGACUUCAAGGAAUGCUACGUUCCAAAGAUUGUCUCCAUUGGUCCCUACUAUUUUGGGGAUCCGAGAUUCCAGUUGUUCGAGCAACGCAAGCCUGUUUUCGCAAUGAGUCUCCUUUCAGGCAACAAGGAGGCCCUAAGAAGGUUGUACAAUAAGCUUUUUGAAAUGGUGCAAGAAUUAAGAAGCUUCUAUGCAAAAGACUCGACAACCGAGUUUUGUGAUAACGUCUUCACUAAGAUGAUGUUAUUGGAUGGUUGUUUUAUUUUGCAAUGCAUAAUACUUCACGGGGAUUUUCAAAAAUGGAUAAAACCUGAUUAUCAACAUGAAUGGAUAAAACUUGAAGAGAUUGACCUUAUUCAUUAUCGAGAUUUUCUCUUAUUGGAAAAUCAAAUUCCUUUCAAAGUUCUUACGGAGGUGAUGAAGUUAUUGAAUAAGGAAAAUCAUCUUGAGAAGAUGAUACAAAGGUAUCUCAAAAACGCUAUUUGUGUAUCUCCUCAGAAGCCGAAAUUACAGAAGUGGUUAACAUCAAUACUUUGUUUACGAUUUGAUCAAAGUUUGCAUGUAGAGCGGCCAAAGCUGCAGGAAAUGCACACCAAACCCGAUCAUCUUCUCCAUCUUCUUCACAUUCUUCAUACAGGAAAGGUCAAACAUUCCAAGAUUUGUAUGUUAAUCGAUCACAGGUGCAAUUUUCGCAAUGUUAGCGAGCUUGUGGAUUUAGGGAUCCAUUUCAAGCCUAGUGACACUAGGUCUUUCGCUUACUUCGUGUUCUCUAAAGGCUGGUGGGGGUUUUCACCUAUUGUAAAACUCCCUCCAAUAGACGUGACUGAUGGCACCCGGGCUAGGUUGUUAAACUUAGCAGCCUAUGAAAACUGCUCACGUGAUAAAGAUCGAUGGGUUUCAUCGUACAUAUCUCUUCUUGAUUCUCUGAUUGAUGACACUGCGGAUGUUAAACUUCUUCGAAAAGCUUGGGUGCUUCAAACCUAUAUGGGCAGCGAUGAAGAAGUCUCCAAAUUGUUCAAUGGAAUCGGCAAGGAAUUAUUCAUGAAUUUUGGAUAUACAGUGGUUAUGCAAGAGAUACAAAGCCAUUAUGGAAGUUUGCGUAAUAGACUAUUAUCCCAACUCAAGCAUGAAUAUUUCAGGAGCCCAUGGGCAAUAUUUGCACUACUUGGAGCUUUGAUGGCUCUUUUACUUACUGGUGUUCAAACUUAUUACACUAUCUGGAGUCCCCAAGGCACAUGUGACGAUCUUUGCAUGUUUUUGAAGAGGAAUCAUCACUUAUAA